UUCUCCACCAAAAACCUUGAGUGAAAAUGGCACAAUCAAUUCCAGGCUUAAACCCUGCAACGACAAAACCAAUAAGCAAAACUUCACUGCUUCCAUCCUUCGUCACCACAAAAAUCUCAGUAAACAAGAAUAUGAAUUGUCUGUCAACGAAGACCAGAACAACAGCUUCUUCUCUAAACGUGUCAAAUCAAAACCCAUCUCUGAAUCUUCUUAAUAAUCGUAGACAAGAUGUUGUUGAAGCUAUUGAACAUUCAUUAUCUAACUGUCUUUCAGAAACUAAUCUACAUCAAACUGUUCCUUCUCUUAAAUCAAAGAUUAGAGGAAAGGUGAGAGAUAUUUAUGAUUGUGGAGAUUAUUUGGUCAUGGUCACUACUGAUAGGCAGAGUGCUUUCGAUAGAGUUCUUGCUUCAAUUCCAUUCAAAGGCCAGGUUCUAAAUGAGACAAGUUUAUGGUGGUUUGAUAAAACUCGCCACAUCACACCAAAUGCAGUUGUUUCAUCUCCUGAUAAAAAUGUAACCAUCGCAAAGAAAUGCACGGUUUUUCCAGUUGAAUUUGUUGUUAGAGGGUUUGUGACUGGGAGUACUGAUACAUCAUUAUGGACGGUCUACAAGAACGGUGUCAGAAAUUAUUGUGGAAAUGCUCUCCCUGAAGGAAUGGUGAAAAAUGAAAAGCUUUCUGCCAAUAUUCUGACACCAACUACUAAAGCUAUAGAUCAUGAUGUUCCAGUAACUCCUGACGAGAUUAUUAAACGUGGUCUAAUGACUCCAGAUGAUUAUGAUGAAGUGAGGACUAAAGCACUGAGCUUAUUUGAAUUUGGACAGCGUGUGGCUUUGGAACAUGGUCUGUUAUUAGUUGAUACCAAGUAUGAGUUUGGCAAGGGAGCUGAUGGCACAAUUUAUCUGAUCGAUGAGGUACACACCCCUGAUUCGAGCAGAUAUUGGAUUGCCAAUUCAUAUGAAGAACGGUUUCGUAAUGGUCUUGAACCUGAAAAUGUUGAUAAGGAGUUUUUGAGGUUAUGGUUCAAAGAUCACUGCAAUCCAUAUGAAGACAAGGUCCUCCCUGAUGCUCCUAAAGAACUUGUUUCCGAACUUGCUUGGAGAUAUAUUUUCCUUUAUGAAACAAUCACAAAGUCGAAAUUUGAGAUUCCAACAUUGGAGGUACCCAUUCAUGCCAGGAUAACGCAGAAUGUGUCAAUGGCACUAUCAUCCCUAUCGUAACACCAGUUUUGUGUUCUGUACUAGUCAACCUGAGUCUUGUUGGGUCAAUUGUACUCCUUUUAACACUAAUUAUUUUUUCAUGUAAACCUAUUUAUGAACUAGAAAAUUGAGAAACAAUGAUGGUGACAAUUACCUCUUAAAAAGAACUUCCAAUAGCUGCCAA